GGCGCCAGUCGCUGGGGUUGCGCCGAUUGGAGUCAGUUCUCGGGCCUGAGCCUCGAGGCCAGGCUCCUGGGUGUCGUUAAUGUUCGGGGCCGCCGGGCGCCCACCGAUCGGAGCUCCAGCCGCCGGGAACCGCUGUGGAUAUACUGUGCACACCCCACAAAAUAUAAGACACUUCCAUCACCCGGAAUAACAUCUCCAGGGUAUCUUUCUUAAUGUUUCACUAUUCAAGCUCUGUGUUAAGGAAGGGAGACAAAAUGUGCUGUGUAGACUGGUCUGCUCUUGCUGUGUGAAUACUGACUUGUGGGACAGGCAUUUCAGCCGGACGAUGGAAGAACUGGUGCACGACCUGGUGUCGGCCCUGGAGGAGAGCUCAGAGCAGGCCCGCGGCGGCUUUGCGGAGACGGGGGACCACGCCCGGAGCCUGUCCUGCCCCCUGAAACGCCAGGCCCGGAAAAGGAGAGGGAGGAAGCGCAGGUCCUACAACGCGCAUCACCCCUGGGAGGCCGGCCACGGCCUGAGCGAGGGCUCCGACUCCAGCUUGGAGGAGCCGAGCAAGGACUACAGGGAGAACCCCGCCAGCCAUAAGCAAGAUCACAGCGACUCCGACGACCAGAUGCUGGUGGCCAAGCGCAGGCCGGCGUCCACCCUGAACAACAGUGUGCGGGGCAAGCGGCCGCUGUGGCACGAGGCGGACUUGGCCUUGGACGGCCUGGGGAGCCGCAGCCUGCGGCGCCGGAGGAAGGUGAAGCGCAUGGCCCUGGACCUGCCGCAGGACACGUGCAAGCGCCCCAUGACCCAGCCCCCCGACAGCUGCAGGGACCAGGACAUGGACCAGGACCGGGCAUACCAGUACCCGGAGUUUGCCAAAAGCAAAGUCAAGAAGCGGAAACUGAGGGUCCCCAGGCAGGGACCCAAAACCCAAGACGAAGGCGUGGUUUUAGACAGCGAGGAGCUGAGCCAGACCAAGGACAAGAUGGAAUACGAAGAGCAGAAGGUGUCCGACGAGCUCAUGAGUGAAAGCGAUUCCAGCAGCCUCAGCAGCACGGAUGCCGGCUUGUUUACCAACGAUGAGGGAAGGCAAGGGGACGACGAGCAGAGUGACUGGUUUUACGAAAAGGACUCGGGCGGAGCGUGUGGCAUCACGGGGGUCAUUCCCUGGUGGGAGAAGGAAGAUCCCAGCGAGCUGGACAGACACUUGCCAGACCCCGUCUUUGAAAGUAUCCUAACGGGUUCCUUCCCCCUCAUGUCGCAUCCCGCGAGAAGAGGUUUCCAAGCUAGACUCAGUCGCCUCCGUGGAAUGCCUUCCAAGAAUAUUAAAAAGUCUGGAGGGACCCCACCUUCAAUGGGGACCGCUCCGGGGCCAGUCAGUAACAAGAGGAUGGUUCACUUCUCCCCGGAUUCUCACCACCACGACCACUGGUUCAGCCCCGGGGCCAGGACCGAGCACGGCCAGCAUCAGCUUCUGAGAGACAGCCGAGCCGAGAGAGGACACAAAAAAAACUGCUCUGUGAAGACGGCCAGCAGGCAAACCAGCAUGCAUUUAGGAUCCUUGUGCAUGGGAGAUGUCAAACGGAGAAGGAAGGCAGCACCCUUGCCUGGACCUCCUACAACAGGAUUUGUUGGAGAAAACGCCCAGCCCAUCUCAGAAAACAACAUAGGAAACCGCAUGCUCCAGAACAUGGGCUGGACACCUGGUUCGGGCCUCGGACGCGAUGGCAAGGGGCUGGCCGAGCCCAUUCAAGCCAUGCAGAGGCCAAAGGGAUUGGGACUUGGAUUUCCGCUACCAAAAAGCACUCCCGCAGCCCCCAGCACCCCCAUCCCCGCCUCGGGGACAUCCACCUAAGAAGAAACACUUCACGGUUUUGCUUCGCUUGCUCUGUGUCCCGUUGUUCUGAAAUUACAGCACAGCUUCUGUUCGUGGAGCAGAAAUCGACAAGGCCUCAGACUUGUCACGCCAGCUUCCUAACCGCAUCCAGUCCACGGCGACAGAGAUGCGCUUUCAUCCCAGCUCAUGGUGCUCAAGUUCAAACCGUUCCCUUUAAAUGUUGUCAGCAACUUUCGGCUGUUUUUAGAUAUAAAGAACAGCUCAUUUCUCUUAUUUAUUUUGAUGGCAAAUGCCGGUAAUGUCUAAUGCUUUUAAGCUUGAUUCAUUCACAUAUGGGUGUGAGCCCGGGCAAAUGUGAGUGCACCCAAGGGUUUCUAAAAUGAGACAGGCUGGGGAGGUUGAGUCUCGAGUCACCCCGAUCGAGGGUGACUCAAAAGACCCAUCAGUGAGGUCCUAAGCGAAUCUUUGAUUGAAAGACGUGUCAGUUCUAUAUUUGUUGAGUUUGGCGUUUGUAAGUGAGUAUGUGUGUGUGUGAGGAUUCUCUAAUGGGGAGAGGUACCCAUUAAUCUUCUAACCUUGGACAGUGUAGUGUGAAGUUCACAGUUGACCAACCGCAAUUAACGUAUCCCUCUGACGUUUUGACAAAAAUAAACCUCAUCCCUAUUAUCACCAGAGUGCCCUCAACAUUACUUUAGUGCGUGUUUUAUAAAUUUUACCUCAUUUAGAACAUAAAGUAAUUAUUGAAAGAAAAAUGUAUUUUUUAAAUUCAUCAUGAUUGAACUAUAAAUUCUAUUAAUCUAGACCAGUGGUUCUCAACCUUCUGGCCCUUUAAAUACAGUUCUUCAUGUUGUGACCCAACCACAAAAUUAUUUUUGUUGCUACUUCAUAACUGUAAUGUUGCUAUUGUUAUGAAUCGUAAUGUAAAUAUCUGAUAUGCAGGAUGGUCUUAGGCGACCCCUGUGAAAGGGCCGUUUGACUGCCAAAGGGGUCGCGACCCACAAGUUGAGAACCGCUGAUCUAGACUGACUUCUACCUCUCUCUUCCCAAAGGUUGAUUUUUUUUUUUUAAAAAAGAUCAACUCAACUAUAGUAAACUAAUAUUGAAUUUUAACCAUUGAUGUACGUUAGAAUAUUGAACCCAUUUAUUUGAAGAUAUAAAUGGCUCUCCCAAGAAUUCAAAUUUCAGGCCAUGAGCCAACCCAUUUAUUUACAAGGUGAACAAAAAUGAAUGGAACCGACUUGCCCUUUUCACAUCUUAGCAGUUUCUUUAAAACCAAGCAAAGCAAGUCAUUUUUAUUCUGUGCCUAGUAUUGUUAUGUCUGAAUCACCUGCUGCAUAAUGUUAGAGAUUCUAAAUUGCUCCCUAGUUUAGAAGAUGUUGAUUUGUUAUCUCCUUCAUUAGUAAUGACCAAUAAUAAUAUUUUAUUUGUAAUGGCCUUUAUUGGUUAAGUAAAGACCAAGAUAACACAUGUGAAUCUCCUUGUUAGAGGUUUUUUCUUUUCUAUUUUUUUUUUUUUUAGGCUUUGGUGUUUUUGGAGCAGUUUUAGGUUCACUGCACAAUAAGUUGAAGGUAUAGAGAUUUCUCAUAGACCCCCCGCCUCACACAUGCACCGCUUCCCCUGUUAUCAACAUCCCUGACCAAAGCGGUACCUUUGUUACAACAGAGGAACCUAUCCUGAUACAUCACCAUCACCCAGUUUACAUUACAGUUCACUCCUGGUGCAGCACAUUCAAUGGACUUGGACAAACGUAUAAUGACAUUAUAGCGUUGUACACAGUAGUUUUACUGUCCUAAAAUUUCUCUGUGCUCCACUCUAAUAGGUCUUUGAAAAAUCUGUAAAUUCCCAAGAGAUUUUUAAAGGGAGGGAGAGGGUUUCUGUUUAUGUCAGAGACCUUUCGGGAGUGGUCCCCUAAAGAAAACACUGCCAAUUAGGGAGAGGAAGGCCGGCCUGCCCUUGGAAAGCCUGGAUGAUUUACCAAAUGUAUGUUUUUUAAGCAUUACCUUCUCUCUUAGGGGUACAGUGGUAAGAGGACAGUUUGAGAAAAUAUGAACUACCAGGGGAGUUGAUCUUUGGAAGCUUUCUAAUUGGGUGAAGUAACUGCUAUUUUGUAGCUUGUUACUUAGAAAUCUGUCAUUUUAAAAAAGUGCUUUUUGUUACAUACUCCUCUUAGAUGUAAAGGGGGAAAGCUAGGAAAGAUUGUGCAGCCAGCGAUCUAAAACCUUUCUGGUAGUUUAUAGCAGUGAUGGCGAACCUAUGAGACGCGUGUCAGAGGUGACACAUGAACUCAUUUUUGUGGUUGAUUUUUCUUUGUUAAAUGGCAUUUAAAUAUAUAAAAUAAAUAUCAAAAAUAUAAGUCUUUGUUUUACUAUGGUUGCAAAUAUCAAAAAAUUUCUGUAUGUGACACGGCUCCAGAGUUAAGUUAGGGUUUUUCAAAAUGCUCACACGCCGAGCUCAAAUGGUUCGCCAUCACUGGUUUAUAGUGUUCUAGGUGUGUUCAAAAGACUUUUUCCCCCUUAAAUCCCAGUAUUUUCUGAAGAUCUGAAGCUCUUCUAAAACCCUGGCAUUUUGAAAAGCCAAAUUUGGAGCCACUGAUAAACACACAGUAAGGUUAUCGUGCGAAUGGCGCCAGACGCCUGCAAACAUGGCUGCUCCUUUCACUUCACCGGAUUCUAACUCCUGAGGGAAGAGCAGACCAUACACAAAUGGUAAAGAUUGCAGCCUUCUUGCAUGCUUCUUAGUAUCUUUUCUAUCGUCCCAGGCUUCUGAGGCAACACCUCUGGGUGCUCCUGCUCCCUUAACCUGGGUGUGGUCCUCUGACACCCCCCGACCAUCAAAAUCCAUCUUUAUUGGUUCAGCUGAUAGGAGAAAGGGCUGACUCUUGGCUUCUAGCGCCCUCUACGUGGCUCGCAGAGGACUUAAAAUAGUUCCUCUUCUAUGGCAGUGCUUCACUAUACGGAAUCCAUGAAUCCAUACCCCGAGUAGACAAGUGGUGAUGUCCAGGCACCAAUCCCCCUGCCCGGCUCUGCACAGACAUUCACCAGAAGCGCACACGUCCCUGCACCAUUCAGUUCUUAAGGAAAAGCAAUGCAGACACAUGACAUCCUGCCUGUUCCUGAUCUUAAUGGGAGAAAUAAGCACAAUUUAAAAAUGGGACUUUUAAUGUAAAUCAAGUAUCUUUUAAGAUAUGAAUUCCACUAAUUUAUUUAUGUUUUAUAUAUAGUUAUAGUUCAUUUUUUAUCAGUUACUAUGUCCAUGGAACCCAAAGCGCCCAGAGCAAUUUAUAAUGAAGAAUGUGUCAUCCUUAUCUCCUUAAAAAGGUGGUGAGAUUUUUCUCUGCUCCUUCUUAAAGCCACUCAUCUACAGUAGCAAAAGCCUCCUAUCACACUAAUUGGUUGUGCUAAAAAUUUUAGGGAGCACAUAGGUCUCUUCCAUUACUGUCCAAAUUGUCUAUUCCCCAGCAGUAGCCAAGAGAGGCUGAGCAUGAAUUAGCAAUUCAACUUUUUUUGUCUUUAUAUACUUCUUAUACUUGAUACUGGCCAGCCUGUGUAUUGGAGUCAUUCCCUCCCUCCCUUACUUUUCCUCCUCCUCUCCCUCCUCCCCCUUCCUACCGUCCUUCCCUCCCUCCUUCCUUCUUUUUCUUUCUUCCCUCUUUCCCACUACUCAAAUUUACUUGUUAAGACUAUAUUCCCUAGAUUUGUUUGCUUUCAUUAUUAAAUUAUAUGAUACCCUUUUAAAAGAAAGUCCAUUGCUAACUAAAAUUUAACCAAUUAAUUAGUCUCAACUUUUCAAUACACAGAUUUUUAUAACUCGUACUGUGGCUAUCAAAGAGAAGUUAAGAUAAUAGGGUUAAAGAUAAACAUAAUGUAUACAUAUGUGCGUGUUGACAGGGCACGUAAGUAUGCAACAUACAGACAUAAUUGCAAAACAUUGCAUUUUAUUAAUGUCUAUUUUAACAUUGUGAAUUGAUAUUCUUGGAAUUAAUUGAACUGACAAUUGCUUCUCUUCAAUAUAUUUUCAUUUUGAGCAGAUGUUUCAUAAAAGAGAAAAAUCAUUGUUGACAUGCUUUUAAAAACCAUUUCUUCCUGUACUUUUUUUUUUUUUUUAAAGACGAUCUAAAUUGGUAUUGUAUAAUGGAGUUGUUUAGCAAGGAAUAUUUUGGAUUUUUAUUUUAUUUUAUUUUGUUAGAAAGCUAUAUUAAUAGUACAACAAAGAACCGAAGAAUAAACUUAAUGUUUAAGAAUGUUAUUUAUAAGAAGUCAUUGUUUUUGUGCUUUGUUUCCCUCUAAAAUUAAUAAAAAAUAAAGUUGAAAAUACUUUAAAUUGUUCUUUAAAUUGCUACCCAUUUACAAUUAACAUCCAAUGAUGCAAUUAAAUCCAUUGUUCAUCUUUAAGCCCUGGAAAAUGUCUGUUUUCCAAAAAAUU